GUGUGGUUUACGUUUUUAUUCUGGUUUUGGGAAGUUUGAACUGACUACUGAGUUUUUCUUUGAUUUUUUCGGUUUAUUGGCGGACGAGGCAGGAAGCGAAGCCCAUGGGCGUCUCAGUUCUCAACGUAUUCGGUAACAGUGACUUUUGGCCGGAUGUAUGUCCAACGACAGACUUCCUGGCCGGUUAGUCACUCUACUUUGCAUUUAUUGUUUGGGCCGGGCCGUGGCCGGGAUUGGUUUUUUGGGCCGCGGUGUGGCCGGGUUCGUUUUUUGGUCCGGGCCGUGUUCGGGUUCGUUUUUGGGCCGGGGCGGGCCCGGGUUGUUUUUUGGCCGGGGCGGGCCGGUUGGUUUUAUGGGCCGUGGCGUGCGUUGGUGUUCUCACCUCGACAAUGACAGGUAAAUUCCAGAAGCCAGUAGCAACAAUAGCAACUCUAGCCUAGCUGCUUUGGGUGGGGGAAACAACAUAGGUCUGUUUAUCAAAAGUUAGCAUAAUUGUACUCUGGGUUUUCUCUGUGUGGCUCUGUGAAAUCCCCACUAGAAUCUUUUGAGGCAACUCGAACCAUCCAUGCGUAGAUGUUCUCCUUGUAGUUGUUGCAUUUCACCUUCCAACGUUGGUGUUGACUCUACCAAUCUAAUUUGGAAGUAACUUUCCAUCGCGUAAAUUUUUAUGGCCCU